AUGUCUUCCCAAAAAACUUCGGGUGAUCAGUAUCGCGACUAUCAAGAUGAUAGAAAUGCAAAGUCUCAGGAUGUUGUUUAUACAACUGCCAAUGGCGUACCAAUGCCACACCCGUAUGAGACUCAACGCGUUGGCGAGAAUGGACCUUUACUUCUCCAGGAUUUCCACUUGAUAGACCUCCUUUCACAUUUCGACCGCGAGAGAAUCCCAGAGCGUGUGGUGCAUGCUAAGGGUGGUGGAGCUCAUGGAACAUACAAAACUACAAAUGGGUUAGAUGAUCUAUGUCUUGCAGACAUGUUCCAAGAAGGCAAAGAGUGCCCAAUCACCGUUAGAUUCUCUACGGUUGGUGGUGAAUCUGGUUCGCACGAUUGUGCUCGUGAUCCACGAGGAUUCUCCGUCAAGUUCAAGACGGAUGAAGGCAAUUGGGAUUUAGUUGCUAAUAAUACACCUGUUUUCUUCUUGAGAGAUCCAGCCAAGUUUCCACAUUUCAUUCACACUCAGAAGCGUGAUCCAUCAACGCAUCUUACACAUGCUGAUGAUUCGACAAUGUUCUGGGAUUACCUUUCUCAAAAUCCUGAAUCUGUUCAUCAAGUCAUGAUCCUUAUGGGUGAUCGUGGUAUUCCAGAUGGAUGGCGUCACAUGCAUGGAUACUUUGGACAUACUAUCAAGCUUGUUAACAAGGCAGGCGAAUGGGUAUACUGUCAAUUCCACAUGAUCUCUCAACAAGGAACGAAGUUCUUCACACAAGAAGAGUCUGCUGAGAAGUCGCCCGAUUACGCUCAAAAGGAUCUAUAUGAGGCUAUUGAUAAAGGAGACUUCCCUAAAUGGUCACUCGAAGUUCAGACAAUGACUGCUAAAGAGGCAGAGGACUUGUGGGAGAAGGAAAAGAUCAACGUCUUUGAUCUUACACACGUUUGGCCACACAAGCAGUUUCCUCUCCGUAAGGUCGGAGAGUUGACUCUUAACGAAAACGCCGUUAACUACUUUGCCGAAAUCGAACAAGUCGCUUUCAACCCCGCUCAUUUAGUACCAGGACUCGAGCCCUCGGCUGAUCCAGUGCUGCAAUCUCGUCUAUUUUCUUAUCCAGAUGCCCAUCGCCAUCGUGUUGGUGUGAACUACCAACAACUUCCUGUCAAUGCCCCACGCACAAGUUACCGCAUGGGCAAUUUCCAACGCGAUGGCGGCAUGGCCUUCUACAACCAAGGCUCUCGCCCCAAUUAUAUUUCCUCCAUUGAACCAAUCCACUUCAAGGGCCGAACAGUCAAUGCCGAUAAGGUGCACGGUCAUUUCACCGGCAAUGCCGUGACAUUCCUUUCCGAAAUCCGAGAGGAAGAUUUCAAGGCUCCGCGGGCCCUUUGGGAAAAAGUCUUCGAUGAUGGUGCCAAAGAUCGCUUUAUCAAAAACAUUUCUGGCCACAUGGCCAACUGUAAGAAAGAAGAGGCCAUCAAGCGUCAAAUUGCUAUUUUCCGUGAAGUAUCUGAGGAUCUCGCCAGUCGUCUUGAAAAAGCUACUGGCAUCAAGGGAUAUCCUGGGAUCGCUGAUUUGAAUUUCAGCGGUACACAUAAUGGGAUGGCUAGAGAUAAGGCAAAUCGUACAGCAAAUAUGAUGAAGGGGGUUACGUUGAGUCAUAAUGAGACUAAUGGUGCGCCUAUUAAGGGUGGUCAUGCUUCUACUGCUUAA